UUUUACAAGUUUGUACUCCAACUUCCCCACAUCCUCAACGAACACAACAACUAACAAGAUACCCUCUAGAUGAUGAAAGCCUAGCGUGCAGUCUAUGAAUUGGUCUCCCUGCUUCGUGUAUGCGUACUCUCCUCUGUUUCGGCAGACUGGCUUAAGGGUCGCUGCAAAAACGUUGCGGAGUGUGGGCCGGUGAUUUAGGCGCUUGGGCACACCCACCUUGUUACAUAACCAGGCGCUUUAUGGCAUCUCUGAUCCUUAAACUGGAGGAUUCUUUUCCUUUAUCUUCAUGUUGUUGCGGCAUUCUGUCUCGGUUCUUUCUUUCGCUUCAAUGGAAAUUUUUCUCUUUGUGCAUCUUUACGUGUCUUCGGUUUCUUCUGUGAUUUCAUCUUCCAUCAUCUUCUCAUCACUCUUCGCACAAUUAGGUGGGGUCCUAGGCGAGAAUUAUCCUAUGGCCCAGUAUAUGAUCUGCGAUACAGCAAAGGGUCUGAUCUGAUCUCUCGCGACCACGAUCACGACUUGCAGCAAAUAUUGGACGUUGAGAUGGGUUCCAGGAUUCAAUGGUGCUUCAUCUGGUCCGCGUUGUUGGCUCUGCCGACCAUUCAUAUUCUCCCAUACACUACAUCCCGCCGGCCUUCAUGCUGGUACGAUGGAGUGGGAGUGAGCUGCUACAUAUUGCGUACGGUGUCUUCAUUGGAGGAUUUGUGUUAAUAUCAAAUGAUGUUUGGG